AACCCAAGAAGCCACUUUUUGUCGCUUUCUCCGUACUCACUAAUGCGCCAAAGAUAUUCACUGUCCAACAAACCAAUAAUCCCAAUGUUAUACAAUGUCUCAACGGCUUGCGUUGUUUCUCACUGAUUUGGGUCGUUUAUGGUCACGGUUAUAUGACAUUCUAUCAGUUGCCUCACAUUAACAUAGUUAAAGUCUAUACCUGGGUUGAAACUCCCUACUCUAUGUUGGUGCAAAAUGCCACACUUUGUGUGGACACUUUCUUCUUCAUGUCCGGCCUGUUGAUCUUGUGGGGCGCUUUCCGUGAAAUGGAGCGCACCAAGGGCAAACUGAACUUAGGCAUGAUGUACUUCCAUCGUUAUAUUCGCUUGACGCCCGUCGUAGCCGUUGUGAUCCUAUACAUUUUGUCGUUAUAUAAAUACUCAGGUCAUGGACCUAUGUGGAUGAAAAUCGGUACGCAGGAUGAACGUUGUUCAGAGACUUGGUGGGCAACAUUGUUGUAUGUGCAGAACUACAUUUUCCCCAAGAAGAUUUGCAUCAGUCAAUCUUGGUACUUGGCAGUCGAUACGCAACUAUAUGUCUUAUCGCCAAUAUUCCUUAUUCCCCUAUGGAAAUGGGGCAAAAAGGCCCUCCCUCCAAUUAUUGGUGUCGCUGUGCUUUGUAUGGGCUGCACUUUCGCCACCUUCAUGAAAUGGAAAUUCUCGCUGUUCCGCGUCGACGAUGACAAUUUGGACGAUCGUCAACGUUUGACUUACUAUCCUACGCAUACACGUGUACCCACCUGGUUGAUUGGUGUGAUUUUCGGCUACUUCUUGUACACCAAGAAUCGUGGCAGACAAAUACCGUUAGCCAAAAUAUGGGUAGUCACUGGCUGGGUGGUGGCCUUUGGUGUCAUGUUGGCCUGUUUGUGGGGUCCUUACUGGCGUAUCCUACCACAGAAUCCCAGUGCUCCCAUUGUGGAAGGUGCUCUUUACGAGCCUCUAAGUCGCUCCUCCUGGGCAAUAGCUAUCGGCUGGAUUGUGUGGGCCUGCUACAAUGGCCACGGUGGAUUAAUUAAUGAUUUCCUCUCUUGGGGCUUCUUCACCGGCUUUAGUCGCCUCACUUACUGCAUGUAUGUAAUUCACAGAAUUGUGCAGUUGGUGAAUGAUGGACGCAUCCAAACCGAUACACAUUUUAGCGAUUACGAAAUGAUACUUCGAUGGUGGCACGAUUUCGGUAUUGCCCUAACUCUUUCCAUUUUUGCUACGUUGGCAUUCGAGUCACCGAUUUUGGGCAUUGAAAAGGCCAUUUUCGGCCAUGGUGAUAGUAAACCAGCGCCGAAAAAGAUAGAACGAACAUCUUCUCCAGCUCCAGUCGCAGUUGAGACAACAGUUCCGAAAGUUAAGACUCCCGAACUGAGCAAAGCCUAAGUAUUUAUUCGGUCGCUCUGCUUGAGCGAUUUGAUCG